GUCUCGUAGUGUUUAUUUCUUAUCAUUAUAUUUUUCAAAAUAAUUAGUACGAUUUUUAUCAUCGACAUUCAAUAAUUAUUAUAAUAAAAUUAAACAACAAAAUGACUUCGCCACGAUCAAAGUCGCCCAAACCACAGAAUUCAUUCAGAAAAGAAGAUAGUAAGGAUGAGACAACUUUCUGGGACAAAAUCGGAACGUUGGGACGUAAAAAGAGAAUCAAGGAAGGUAAUCGGUGUUGUUAACAUUACCUUAUAUGGUCAUCCCAAUAUUUAUGUAUAAAAUAAUAAAUAAUAAUAUAUUUUCGUUUUGUACCAUUGAAUAAGAAUUUUUUAAUUUACCUUGUCACAGUGCAAGAAGUCCAAGAAGAAGGCAAAUAUGCUAUCGAUUCGCCUGGUAAUCCAGCUAUGGCUGAUGUUCCUCCAGAAGAAUAUACACUCGGUACGUUAGUAUUAUAUAAUCUAAGAAAAAAUGUUGAAUGUUUGUUAUUUCUAUUUUAGAAGAAAAUGAAGAACGAACUAUGGUGGAGCCCAAAUCCUACUCCGAUCCAAAGUUACUGGAAUUGAUGAGCAUAUUAAUAGAUUGGGUAAAUGAUGUUUUAGCAGAUCAUCGGAUUAUUGUUCAAAAUCUAGAACAAGAUUUGUAUGAUGGACAAGUUUUACAAAAACUGUAUGGUAAAUAUAAGAAAUCAAAAUGUUAGUGCUACCAAAUAAAUAGAUACAAAUAUUAAAAUAUAUGCAUUAUUGUGUAUUUAUUUUAGAUAUUUGUUGAAAAUAUUGUUCAAAUUAUCUUUAUUAUUAAUCUGAUUAAUUAACUGAAUACUUAACCUUGUUAUUAUGAAAAGGUACGUGUAAAAAUAACUUCUUCUAAAAUAGUUCCUGGUGUAAAUUAUUUUUAACUAGAUAUUAAUAGGUAUACAUGUAAAGCUAUACAAUCAAUAUUUUCCUAUACAUACAGUUAGGAUUGCAGGAAUUUGUAAAUAAAAAAAGGACGGCCAUACUUCGCAUGUAGGCACAGUCACUAUUGUAGGUGGGAAGUUGGGUAGAUAGGAUACAGACAGGAAUUUAAUGUAUAUCUGUAAUCAACGAUCAACCAUUUUUAACAAAAAAACGAUUCUGAGUGGAGUUCAGUAUUACUUUAUCAACAAUAUAUGUCAUAUUAUGGUAAAAUGAUUACAACAAUAUGUAUUUCAAUGACAACAAUGAUUGUUUAAAAAAGUUUAAACUAAUAAAAACUUAAUAAUAGCAAAAAAUAAAAUAAAAACUGUAGCCUAUGACAACCUUAUUUUUAAUCUUUCAAUCUUUUUUAACCUAAAGAACCAGGUUUUUCUUAUUAUCUUAAAUAUUAAUGUGAAUUUCAAAAAAUGACCUAUUAAGUAUUACCCAGAGAACAUUUCCUUUUCGAAAAGGUGCUAUACUUGAUUAUCGGUGUAAGCUUUCUGGUAGAAAGUGUUCAUAUAAAAAAAAAAAUAAAACAAAAAUUUAACAUCUUUGUAAAACCAAUAAAUAUUUUGCUAAACUCAGAAUCUAAAAGAUUAUGAAUAUUUUUCGUCAGCUGCCAUUUACAGAUAAAUCUGUUUGUGAUACAAAUUGUAUUACUUAUAUUUUUGUCAAUAUAAUUCUUCUAUUUAUGUUAGAUUAUUAUUUUGUUACAAACCAUUUGAUAUGAUUUAAUGAUAUUUAGAAAAGUUGACUCAUGAAAAAUUGGAUGUACCGGAAGUAACUCAAUCGGAAGAAGGACAAAAACAAAAAUUAUAUGUUGUACUUGGGUCGGUAAAUAAUGUAAGUUAAUAUUAUUGAAAUGUAUUUAUUGUAUUAUUUUUUUAUUGUUUUCAUUAAUGAUUAAUAUUCUAGAUUUUGGGGUUAACUGGUAAUAGAUUAUCUCAACAAAAAUGGAGUGUUGAAAGUGUUCAUUCUAAGAACCUUGUAGCUAUUUUGCAUUUAUUGGUGUCUCUAGCUCGUCAUUUUCGAGCACCGAUUCGUCUUCCUGAAAAUGUCACUGUUAAUGUAGUGAUUGUUCAGGUAUUUAAUAUUUAUUAAAGGGUUAUGUUAAAUUUAUUUUUUUUUUAAUAAUAUUAUUCAUAUAGAAACGAGAUGGUUUGCUGAAAAAUCGAACUGUCAUUGAAGAAAUAACAUCUAGAUAUGAUGACCUUGGCAUGAGAUGUGAACGUGAUGCUUUUGAUACUCUAUUUGAUCAUGCACCUGAUAAAUUAGAAGUUGUCAAAAAGGUAUUAAUCAUUUUAUUAUUUUUCACUGUAUCAGUAAUAAUUAAUUGGCAUUUUUUAGUCCUUAGUGACAUUUGUUAAUAAGCAUUUGAACAAAAUUAACAUGGAAGUGCAAGAUUUAGACACUCAAUUUCAUGAUGGUGUUUACCUGACAUUACUAAUGGGCUUACUGGAAGGAUUUUUUGUACCAUUGUAUUCUUUUAAUUUGUCACCUCAAAAUUUUGAACAAAAAGUACAUAAUGUUAAUGUGGCAUUUGAUCUGAUGCAAGAAAUUGGAUUAGCUGCACCUAAAGCUAGACCGGAAGGUAACAUUUUAUUUUUAUUAUAUAAUACAAUUUUUAAAUUUAUAUUAACCACACAUUAUUGUAUUAUAUUAUAGUAUGUACACCAAAUUACUCUAUGGCAAUUAUUAGGCUAAUUUUAUUUGCAUAAACUAUAUAUUAUACAUACAAAUUGUAGGACCAUUAUUUCAGCAUAAAUCUGGAACGCCAAGAAAAAUGCCAACUUAACUUGAUACACAUAUUAUAACUUGUGAUUUAGAAAAUAAUACUAUGGGGUUAAGCACCCUUCAGUGUAGGAUAGAAAGGAUGACUUAUAAUUAGAGUCUAGAUAUAUAUAUUUUCUUUGAAAUUUGAAGUUAUACUUGAUGUAUUCUUUUGAUGUCACUAAUAUGAAUAGGGACAGUCUAAAUGAUAUUUUAAUUCAAAUUUAAUUGAUUAGAGGUACUGACAAUGAAAAAGAGGUAAGUGCCAAAAAGUAAAUUUUACAGGAAAAGAAAAAAUGUUUUUUGAACUCAAAAACUGUACUUCCCCAACUAGAAAACUACUUUAUUAAUGCAAAUUACUGAAAAUAAUACAUGAACACUUUAAAAAGUUCAAAUGGAUUAUUUUUAAAUAAUAUAAAUGUAAAUAAAAGUUAAAUAAAAAACAAUGUUAAUUAAGUUACUUGCAAAAAUCUUUAUAGAAUGCAUGGUAAUUCUCAUCUAAAAUCUCCCAACAUUGUAGUAAGUCUUCUUUCCUUCAUUUAUGACUGAUAUUCUUUUUACCAGGUGGAAAGGUACUAAGAGGUACCAACUUUGGUAGUUUUGCCUCUUGAAGAUCGCCUUUACAUCCCAUUCUUGCUUUAUAUUAUUUAUGAAUAUAUGAAGUUCAUGAACAUGGGUAAAACAAAAAUAGUUUCAAUAUUAUAAUAAUAUUGUUAUGUGUGAUUGUAUACUUACCUUUUUUUUAAUGCCAAUUAUGAUAAAGUUACCACUAGUGAAAUCUUCCUGUACUAAUAAUUACUAAAUCAAACGGAAUAGAAACUUACUUCCUUUACUACACCAUUGGCAUUGGAACAAACUUUAUUUACAGUGAAAGAAAGUGAUUUUGAAAUUUUUAACACUCGCCUCAUUUUUCAUUGUCAGUGCCUCAAUUAGUAUUCUGUAGAACCAUCCAGAAAAUUAUCGAAAUAAUAAUUUUUCUGAACAAAUUGACUCAAAAAAUUGUUAGGUAUUCAACUAUCAUGUUUUUUUUUCAAUAACUUGGACAAUACCCAAGUAUUACCUUUCAUUGGAUAAUGAAAGCUAGUAUUUAAUUACUUAAUGUUAUUCAUUAUUUUACCAAAUCAGAUAAUUUAUAUUUUCCUAAACUAUUUUUGUUUUAAAAUUUCAUUUCAUGUCAUUUGAAUAAUACAUUACUUACCUAGGUAUUAAUUAUUACAUAGUUAUUAAUUUAUAGUUUUAUUUUAUAUGAAAUUCAUAUAAAGUAUUGUAUUUAUGAUUUUAAUGUUUUUUUUUUUUUUUAUGUAGAUAUUGUGAACUUGGAUUUGAAGUCAACAUUAAGAGUGCUAUAUAACCUUUUUACCAAGUACAAAAAUGUAUAUUAAUCAAACAAAAUUAAUAUUUUAUAUUUUAGUAAUGUUAAAUUAAUCAAAAUUAAUAUUGAUUUAAACUACAUUAUUGUUAACUUUAAUAAAAGAUAUUGAUUUUUAAUUAUUAACAUUUGACAAUCAAGAUUAACAAUAUAUUUUAGUACCAUAUUAUACAUUUAAGUAAUAAUAUAUAUAUUUAUCUAUUUUAAUGUUAAGUGUAAGCAGUGUUUGGGACAUAUAGUACUUGAAAUAUUUUUAAAUUUUUAAAAAAAAAACUAGUGAAAAGCCACUGAAAUAAGGAAUUGCCGAAUUUAAUAUUAGAACUUUUGAAUCUUUUUAAAAUUAUACUUAUGGAUUUAUAUUGCCCAGUGCUCGAAAUGAAAAAUUUUACAAACCGGAACACUUACAAAAUUAAUAUGCUUUAUGAUGGCUAAUAAUAUAGAAAACUCAGUUCUCAGAUCUGGUUUUAUAAAUUGGUACCUAUUAAGGAUUCCGUUUUAUUUUAACACAAUGAAAAACUGUCUUAUUUAAAGUAUACAACAAUUUUAAGCACUGUCAAUAUCGUUAUAUUAUUAUAAAUUUGUUAAAAGAAAAUUUGAUUUAUUAUAAAAAUUAUUAUUGAUUAUUUUAAUCACCUUGAUUGUGAUCGAAAACAUUUUACCCAGUGAUGAUUUAAUUAAUUUCUUUAAUAUUAAUUUAUUAACUUAAUGUUUUUAUGAAACUGAACUUUAAAGUUCUAAUUUUUACCUUACCGAAACAGUUACAGAAGUCCAUAUGAACUGGAACGCCGUUCUGGUACGUUCUAGUCCAUUUUGAGCACUGGUAUUGCCUGAUGCCUAGCAGCGAUUGCCAUUAAAAGUAGAUAAGACAACAAAUACAAGUUGAAUAAUAGAAUAUAAAGGCAAAAUUUAUUAAAUAUCAUAGACGAGAAAAUUAAUUUUAUAAGUAGCUUAAGAUUAAUUAUGAUGAAAUAUAAAAAAUGCAAAAAAAACUAGUAAAAAGCACAUUUAAAUUGUUUGUAAUAUGAUAUAAAUGUCAAUAAUUCUACUAAAUUUAAUAUUAAUUUUAAAAAAAUAAGCAAAUACUGUAAGUUCCGAACCCUGGUUAUAAGAUACUAAUAAUUUAAUAACUGUUUAACAUUUUUAUAUUAUAUAAUUUAUUUUGUUAUUUUAGUUACAAAAAUAAAAAUUUAAAGAUGUUUUAAUAAUUAUAGUUUAUGAAUUUUAAACAAAAUA